CUACUCCAUUCAUCAGUAGGUGGCGAUAGAUACUCAAAUCACUCCGAAAUUGAAAGAGAAGAAGAAGAGCCAUGUAACGCUAGGUUACCCUACAAAGUUAGCGUUUUAUUUCAAUUGGUUAUCGUGUCGGCAGUGUCUAGCCAUCGCUUCUCGUAAAAGUUUUGGGCGUGAAUAGGCCAUUAGUUACUGAACUGUGGUGCCGAUAUAACCUACCGUUGAAAAGUGGGCUUUUACAUGAACUAAAGCAACCAUCAGCCUUCCUCCUGGACUUAAAUGUUUCAGUCAUGCAGAUGAAGCAUGGAUUUGUUUACUAACGUUGCAAGACAGUUUUUAUGCGUGGGGAAAAAGAUAAAAGCUCUCUCCCAGUCAGCCUGUUUAGAUUUGGCUGCUCAGCUACUGGCCAUAGAUUUGGGUCUUAAGCCUGCAGUCUUAUAUGACAUCAAUGGUGCCUGCCCGGAGCAAGUCCAUCAUUAUCUGAGCGCUUUGCAGGAGAAGGGUGUUGUAUCUUCUGCACUCCACACAGUAGCGCUUGGUGGCAACGUCUUUAUAGUUAACCUCGACCAGAUCAUUCUGCACUUGAAGGGACUGCUUCUGGGGGGUAGUCUGGUGGUCAUUGAUGUUUGUCCUUCACAUGUACAGCCUGUUGCCUGUGGCAUCAAGUGCGGUGGGACUGAGGACAUGGUCAAAGCUAUGCUGGGCUAUUUUACUAUGGCAUCAGUGAAUCAAGAAAGACACUCGAUUCUUGAGAUGGGAGAAGACUUGCUCCAAAAGUGGAACCUUUGCACUCUCUUUGGAGUUCUCCUGGGAUACCCUGCCACUUACUGGUUUGACCAAGACAAAAGCUUUGACAAUUGCCUGAGUCUGGUGCCUCUCUUGGUAACCAAAGUUUCACCAAUAUGGCAAACAGGUUAUGGACAGCAUCAGUUUUGCCUUUUCUCCUUCAGUAUCCCAGAGGUCCUGUGGCCAAAGGCAGAAGCAGCAUUUGAGAGCUGGACUCAAAAUCUGCGGCAGCAAUUCAAGAGACAGGCAGCCUUUACUGAGCUCAACAUAUCCAAAACGAAGAUCUCAUUACCUGCAGUAGCCCUCUAAACUUCACCAACCAUUCUGUUGAUCACUGAUUUAUUACAGUAAUGUGUUAUGAAAUUGAAAUACCAUUUUAUGUAUUUGGAUACUUUUCAGUUGUUUGUCUGGUGUAAAUGACUAAAAUAUAGUAAAAACUUACAUGAAUCUAUUCAAAGAA